AUGAAUCAAUUCGGAAACGCAGAGAAAGCAGAGGAAUUCCAUGAGAGCGGUGAUUUCUACUUUGAGUCCACCAACGUCUACCAUGAAAUUAUUGUUCAAUUGAAAAAGGAAAAAGAGCAGGCUGUUAAGAUCCCCGACUACUUUGUUCAUUCGGCAGGAACGGGUGGUACUAUUUCUAGUGUUGGAAGAUAUAUCGCUAGAUAUGGUGCACCUACCAAGGUCAUCCUUUCCGAUUCGCAAUACUCUCUGUUCUAUGACUACGUUAUCGGACACAAGUUCACCAACCAAUCGGGCGCUGGAAUCUGGACACCGCCAGGAAUCGCUGGAAUCGGUUAUGGAUAUGAUAUUGAACCAGUGCUCUACGGACAAACGACCAGUUUGACUCGGAAUGUGAUCCAUGAGGCUAUGCGAAUGCCUGACAUUGCUUCGGUUGCAGCGAUGAGAAUUCUAGACGAGAAGGGGUACAAUGUGGGUCCAUCAACAUCACUCAACUUCCUGGUUUCUCUCUACAAAGCCUAUCAAAAGAAAGCAAAACAAUCUCCAAUUAAACACCGUCUCACCAUUGUCACCUUGGCCUGUGAUCCCGGAGAUUUCUAUCGUAGUACUUAUUUGAAGAAUGAAUGGGUUGAGAAGAGUUUCAAGAAGUUCGGAGGUGUUGAGGGCAUGGAAUGUUGGAAGAAACUCAUUCAGGAAUCAAUUGACACUGGAUCCGACUUCGUUUCAAAGGGACUUACCAUGUGUCCAGGAAGCUAUAAAGUCUAA